CAGCGCAAGCAGCGCGCCGCGAGCGCAGCGGAAGCGGCUCGAUUUAGCCUCGCGGCGCGGGCGCACGGGGCGCACUCGCCGAAACUAAAUACCCAAAAGCGUCUCUGAUCGCACGCCGCCAAAUACGGCACGAAUCUCGGGUUUCCCGCGCGCUGGCACGGCACCAGCCUCCGCGAAAACGCUCUCUAUUCCCGUCUAAUACUCGUGAAAAACACGUAAAAACGCAUUUAUUUCUGUAGCAAGCGGCCUCUAAAUUUAGGCCGUAUGAAAACGGAAAGCAAUACGAGCGAUUUUGGUCGGGGCCGCGUUGUCUGUAUUUAGAUUAGACGGCGCGGACGCAGCGCGCGCGACUCGCCUCCGACCCCUGUGCUGAUAAGGCGCAUCGGCAGUGCAUCGUGCUCGCAGACCACCCGUCACCGCCGGUCACCGCCCGCACCUCCCGUCACCGUCCGUCACCGUCCGUCACCGUCCGCCACCGUCCGUCACCACCUGCGCUCGCCGUCAGCGCGAUCGUACGGUCUCGCGAGUGUUGUGCCUUUAUCAGAGAUUUGGAUGUCGCAAAUGCUACCCGAAGCCGGAGAAGUGAUGCGGCGCGCGGCGUGCGGCGAAGCGAGCGCCCCCCUCGCAUCAUCGGAAAAUAAGGAACUUCUUCGUCAACAACUCCUCUCGGUCAGUAAGGAGCGGAACAUUGAUAGAUCCGAACCUCCGAAAGUGAAGCACACGAGAAGCAGGCAGAAAAACCGGUGGAAGUUAAAAUUUCACCAUCAAGCGCUGCCCCAGGAAUAUUUGGACCACUACGAGCAGAGCCUGCAGAAGGCGAACAGUAAGAAGAAAAGCCCGGAAAAACCAAAAGACCCGAACGUUGAGAGUAAUUUCACUAAUGAGACUUUCAAAAUUUGGGCGCAGAGAUUAGCCGGAGUGCAGAAAGAGACUGGAACGCUGACCGUGCCUCAAGCGUCUGUUUUAAAUAUGACAGCUAGAAAUAAGGAAGAGAAGAAAAAGAAGACUCCUGCUAUCACACCCAGCAAAAUCAUGACAUACGACGACCUACCAUACAUGGGGGAGAUGACGUUAAAUAACUCUAAGCCACGCCGCGGUCGGAAACCGAAGAAGGCCGAUAUUUGUCAUUUAAUCUACGAGAACUAUGGAACGGUUGUACCAGGUCAGCCGCCCCCUCAAGAGCGACUGAACCAAGGGAACGUCUGCCCGGCUUUUAGAAAUACAAACACACCACACAACACUUCAAAGACAGAUUUACAAAACAAAAUAAUUUCAAGCCUUCUAGAAAGAAAACUGUCCCAAGAACAAAAACGACGACUAGAGAAUCCUUCGCCCCCACGAUUCUGUAGUCCCGACGAACCAAUGCCGGAAGCGCCGAUCACAACCGCCGGCCCGCUGCAUAGCGACGACGAACCUCUCAACUUAUGUAUAAGAGAUCUACAUGAUUUAAAGUUGCAAAUUCAAAAGAAAUUUGGCAACAUUUACACUACACCCGAAGUUAAAGCUGAAAUUGAAGACAGUUUAGAACAGGAAAGCUUAAAAAGUGAGCAACCUAAUGCUAUCUCCGUCAUACAGCGGAAUACAAACGUACCUCCGACGGCUAGCAGUUCUCCCGAUCUCUCUCGGCAAUCGAGAAACAUAUCCCCGACUUUAUCUGAACCGGUGCAGUCUACUGUCAAUCCAGACGAUGAUAAAUUUCCAGGCUACAUAUAUUGGCCAAAUGCAGGUAUAUACAUGCACCCUUUAGCGUUACAGACCCAACUGUUGUACUAUCAAAGGCUAGCAGCUUCUGGGCAGCUCCCGUUUUCUCCGGAAGAUCGCGAUAAAGUGUCAACGCCGGGUAGUGAAAGCACAACCACAGAUGCGUCGCCAGAAGAGAGUAAGAACAAAUUAGUGCUAAAACAAAUUUCGGAACUUCUGGACCCUAAGGUAAUAAAACAAGUAGAGGAAAGAAAGAGUCCAGAACUCGCGAAGAAGAGAGCAUCACCCAAACUCGUCCAAGGACCGGUUAAGAGAAAACGAUCAGCAAUAUUUAUUCCUCCAAUGCCGGCUAAAAAUAGCACCACAACCCCGACCACAGAAGUGAGCAUUUGUAAAUUCAAAUUCACCGGCGGUUCUAAGCCAUCCUUACAAGAGAAGAAGAUGUUAUCAGUGGACUCCGGAGGAAACUUUAGGUAUUACAGUGGGACGGGCAAUAAAGGCAACAAAGGUUAUGAGUACUUACAAAAAGACUCGAACCAAGGCAGAAAUACCGAAUCCGUAGCGUCGAUAUCAACAGUUCCCAAAUCCGAUCCUCAAAAUAAUGUCGCGCUCAAAGAGGACUUGAACAAAAAAAAAAGGAAAUCAAGGAAGACGUUGCAGAGGGAGAAAUUGGAACAAACAUUUAAAGAAAAGGGCUUUUUGAUACAAACCCAGCAAUUGCAGUCGGCGGAGGGCGCUACGUAUUGCAAGUUUAGACAAUUAAGGAAGUUUACGAGAUAUCUAUUUAGGAGUUGGAAGGACUACUUGCCGGGUGAAUUAGACGAAAGAACAAACGAGCCGACAGUCGAGCAGCCGCCUGCGAGCGAGGCCGCGGUCGGAGAGUGGACUUAGUGCUCUCAGUAGGUUGUCGAUGAGAAGGCCAAAGACUUUAAGCCCCUUCGCGAGCUGACUUGCAUUUAUGACAAAUCAUCGGUAUAUAGUGAGACUUAUUAAGUUGGAUCUGUUUUCAUUCGUAUAUCCGUCCAUAAUUUUUAUAAAAUGAUUAUCACAUUUAUUAAUAAUUCGGCGACGAAUAUUAGUUUUUAAAAUAAGAAAAUGGUUUUAUAUGACAUUGUUAAUAUAUUGUUUUUGUUGAAUGAGUGGUUUGUGUUUUAGCAUAACUAACUAAAUAAUAUCCCCUGAACAAAUGUUGCCGAAAGGUUGUUGUAGGCACUAAAAUUAUAAUUAGUGUUUUAAUCUGUGCCCUAUUAACUAGCGGAAUCACUUAUAAACAUUGUUUAGCAGCUGUUUAGUUAAACACUGAUUCCGCUCUUUCUAUCAUUAUUAAUUUGACAUUCGAAAGAAGAAGACAUGGCAUUGUUUUACAAAUCAUACGCUAAACGAAGUUUAUAAGGAAGGCCGUAGAUUACUAACUAGUCAAUUGAAACCUCUAACAUAGUUUUAUCAAAUUAUAUUUAAUGUGUAAAAACAAGCUGUUAUAUUUAAGGCUGAAUAAAUGGGACUAAAAUAAGGACCUGUAUAACCAAUAUUUUUAAUAUUAUAUUUAAAUAUUCAUAUGUAUUCUUUGUCCUAUUCCAUUCGAAUGAGUAAUGAUAAACAACCCUUAUAUUUACGUAUUCCAUACGAUUUGCUAAUAGUUCUGCUACACAAGUACUAUAAACAGUUCAUGAUUAAUUUUAUUUCUUUGUUUAUAAUACAACACUAUUUCACUUGAUUACUUACUUACUUACUUAUAUCCACUUUAAUAGACAUCUCAUAUUUUCAAGAUAUAUACAUAGAUUGAAACUAGAUAUAAAAGAAUGGGAUCCAUGCUAUUUGAAAUUCUUUAGUUUUCAUUCAUAAUUUUUACUGUGAAUUUACCUUUGAUAUGCAAAAUAGCAAAGAUAGUUAUCAUUAUUUUGUCUUGUCAAUUCGAUGCCAAUAUCAAUUGAAAAGAAGAAGCAAUCCGUUAACGUUAAAGGCUGGUAUAAAACAUUAUUUGUAAUCCUUCAAUGGCGUGCACCUAUCCUAUACCGAUGUCACAUGAAUCUAUGUGAAAAGUACACAUCUUAAUCUUGAUAUGUAAUCUUUAAUUAUGCAGAGCUGAUACUUGAUAAAAAAGUAAGUCGUAUUGUUUAUAAAAAAAAUAGUGCCAUUGUCCAUUUUUUAAUGUUCAUUAAUUAUUUAAAAUUCAAUUUGGACAAAGACCACUACCUCAUUCAACCGUCAAUGCUACGUCAUCACAUUCUUUAAGUUUUAUAUUUUUCUCUCAAUUUACAAAUUAAAGAAAUUACUAAUAUUUAUCAGGAUAGAAAAAUAAAGAAUCGGUAUUUUUUAUUUCAGCACUUAUAAAUUUUGAAAUGUUGUCACUUAUACCUCUGGUAUCGAUAGCAACUUCCGACAUUCAUAACGCCAUUUUGUCGCUAAUCAUUUAUUCAAGAGUUCGAUAUCGACCAAUGAUAUCGCGUCAAUUCAAUGUCGAAGUUGUUUAUUUGUUCUUUUUUCCUCUGGUUGGAAUAGGCUAUAGGUGACUCUAUGAUUAAUUUGAAUGUAUAUAGUGUGAUUUGUAUCAGAACAAGCUAUUUAUAUUUGUUUGGACUGUUUUAAUAAAAUAUUUUUCGGAUAUCAAUUGUUUGAACUAAACUAACUAGAAAGAUCGUAUGUGUACAUUAAUCGAGUUAUUCUAGUCACUGUUAUUAGUUUGUAUUGAUAAUGAACAUGUAAAUAUACCUGUAAAUUCGUUAGUUAAUUAUAAAAUAAGACUCAAUUUUGUACUCAAUAAACUUUAUUAAGAAAAAACUCAAAUAAUUCUGUGAUUAUGAAAAAAAUGCAACAGGAAUGUAAAAUGUAAACCAAUAAAUUAACCAGAUUACGAUAUUGUGAUUUAUUUAACAACGGAAGCCCUAAAUCAGUUAACUUCACUUUGGUCCCUAUUAUAAAACUCCAGCUUCACCAUCAGCGGUAUUGUGCGCUAUAGAAAAUGUAUACAAAAUUAUCCUUACACUAACCCUUCACAUAUUUCCAUUUAGAAACAGUGCGACAUAUAAAGGCACUUAACACUAUACUAUAAAAUGAUACAAAACGUCAACUAUACCAUAGAAGUGUAUAUAGAAUAUAACAUGUAUAACAACCGUACAUUUCAGUAAACACAAAACGAGAUUUAUUUACUCAUUCAGAGUAGUUCAUUUCGAACACAUUUAGACGAAAUGUAAACAGAUUAACAACACUCUGCUACUGUUUUAGUGAUUAUUAGUAAAGCGUUUCAAUUGUUCAUCGAAUCGAAUAAAAAAUAUAUUGUAUAAAUAGAGGUUCCCACGGCAGGUACGUCGCAACAAUCGCUA